UUUUUUUGUGGAUUCAAAGUACAAAUAUAUAUAUAUAUAUAACAUUUUUGGAAGAAAUCUUAAACCAUGGCGUACAGGUUGAGAAACAGAAUAGAAAGGAAUUAUGUUGGUUGGAAUUUUGCUUCAUCAGACAGUGAAAACUCAUAUGAGUCAGAUUUCUGUGAUGAUCCUGACUAUUCAAAAAUCCAGUGUCGAAGACAAACACGGAGAGGAAACGCAAUUCAACACAACAACGACAACCCAGAUGUGGAAAUGGCCGAUGCAAAUGGUGCAGCAAGCUCUCGCCAAAGACGAAGACCGGGACGACCUCCAAGGAGAUGCACUACCGCUACUACUAGUACUACUGCAACCAGAAGAGAGAACCAAGGGAUCCAAAUCACACAAAAUUGCAUAAGGAGAAAAAGGAAGAAAAGAAGAAGAGCUUCAUUACCAUUGAUAAUGAAACGUACAGGAAGAAAACAACAAGCUCCUACGAGGGCAUACAUGGAAAAGAAAACGAUACUGUCUUGGCUAAUAGACCUUAACAUUAUUGAGGACAAUGCAGAAGUGUGCUAUAUGGAUCCGGUCAGUCCAGAAAGGGUGUUGCUUGGAGGGAAAGCAACAAGGUCGGGGAUACAGUGUAAUUGUUGUGGGAGAGAAAUGACUGUUUCUGAUUUCGAGUUUCAUACUCGAAGCACCGUGAAUAGACCUUACCAAUUCAUUGUGCUGGCUAACAAUGGAGAUUCUCUGUUGGAAUAUCAGAAGGAAGCUUGGAAUAGAAAUGUCGAAGAGAAAAAAAUUGGAUUCAACAAUGUUGAGCCUAUAAUGUCUGCUACCGACAUGAACGACGACGCCUGUAUCUUUUGCGCUGAUGGAGGAGAUCUGGUCUGUUGUGAGCAAUGCCCAUCGACUAUUCACUCAAACUGCAUGGAUAUGGAGAGAAUUCCACAGGGUGACUGGCUCUGUUCAUAUUGCAUUUGCUCCCAUUGCAAACAAUCAGGGAACCAAGAGAUGUCUAAAUGUUCACUAUGCAAUAAAAUAUAUCAUUGGGCUUGUUAUACACAUGAAGAAAUAAAUCUUAAUAGUUCAUGCACAGAAUUUUGUGGACAAAGCUGCGAAAAGAUUUAUGAGAAAUUGGGAAGACUUGUGAAUGUAAAGAAUGAGUUAGAUGAGGGAUUCUCAUGGACUUUGCUAAGGCAUGGUGAUAUCAAUUCAAGAGAACCAUGUCAAAAUUUGUAUGAGAAAAUAGAAUGCAACUCCAAGCUUUCAGUUGCAUGGAAUUUAUUGGACCAAAGUUUUGAGACGAUCAUAGACCGCCAUACCAAAAUCGAUGUGGUUCGAAGUGUGGUAUAUGGUUGUGGGUCAAAUUUGAACCGGGUUAAUUUCAAAGGGUUUUGUACUGCUGUCCUUGAGAAGAAUGAUGAAGUACUUUGUGCUGCAACAAUUAGAAUCCAUGGCAGAAAACUUGCGGAGAUGCCCUUUGUAGCAACCCAAAAGGCCUAUAGGGGCAAAGGGAUGCUUAAGAAGCUACUGGUUGCAAUUGAAUCUGCCCUUUGCUAUAUGAAUGUGGAAAAUUUGGUGAUUCCAUCUGCUGAAGACGCUAAAGAAAUGUGGAUAAAUAGGUUCCAAUUUUCCCACCUUAAAAGGCCCAUGAAGAAAGAAAUACUUCUUUACAACACAUUGAUGUUCCCUAGUGCAAUCAGGCUACAAAAAACCUUGCUAGGAAAUGCUUCAGAUUUGGAAGUUGAAGAUAUGGUGGUAGAUUUUCCCAACAACGAUGAAAGUAGUGUGCAGUACUCAGACAGUUACAUAGAGCAACCAGAUGUUAGUACUGCAGGUAUGGAAAUUGAUGAAGUUGAAAACAAUCUCGUAGAUGGAAAGAUCCAAGAAAUCAGCUCCAAAAGACAGCCUCUCUUUGACUUAAAUCUUGAACCUCCUCCAGAAGAGGAUUGAUGCAGAUAUAAUAUGAUGGAGACUAGGGGAAUUGAAAAUCAUUGAUGGUAACCAAUCCAAGUUGCAGAAGAUAGAAGAAAGGGUGGAAAAAGAGUGCAGAAGAAAUUAAAAAACAAAAAGCUAAUUGCUUUAGUCCUGUUUUGUUUUGUUUUUUUUUCUUUUUUUUCUUUUUUUUUUGUUAUCAAAUGCUGGAACACUGGUUUUCUUGUUUUUUUCUUUGUGUUUUUGGGUCUGAAAAGUUGGAACGUCUGCUAUUUUUAUAAAUAAGAAGUUUUUUUUAUCCAUUUUGUAACGUUCUGAGUUCUUUUCCAUCAAUAUGAAUCUAUG